AUGGUCAAACGAAAGGCAUCGGAAGCCAUGGACAGUUUCGAAGCCCCGCCUGCCGCAAAGCCGACGAGCCCUCGUGCGCUCGUUGCCUUCCUCGAUCUGCGUCUGAGCGACUGCAAUGAGGAGCUUCUUGAGCUGCAGGCUGCAUCGCGCCGCCUCCAUGAGGCAUACGCGCCUGCGAGACGUCAGAUGUACCUUCUGAUGAGCGCACUGCUGCGAGGUGAUGCAGCCGUGGCUGCUCAGACUCUCAAGUCCCUGGAGCAGGUUGCCCUGCCAAGCGACGUCGUCGGAGAUCUGUGGUCGAAUGCGGAGGUCCGGGCGCGCUUUUCGGAGUCCAACGAGCUCGGCGGCUUCCUUGAAGGCCAGGCCAUGCUCUAUGCUGAACUUGCACCAGAUCGAACUGUCAACCUAUGA